AUGAGCCACGAGGCCUUGCAGGUCCUUAAUUCUCCUCUAAUAUGUUGGGCCUCUCUUCUUCCCCCAGAGAGCUCUUGUGCGAAUAAGCGGGCAGACCUGGUCUUCAUCAUCGACAGCUCCCGCAGUGUCAACACUCACGACUAUGAGAAGGUCAAGGAGUUCAUCGUGGACAUCUUGCAGUUCCUGGACAUUGGUCCUGAUGUCACCCGGGUGGGGCUGCUCCAAUAUGGCAGCACGGUCAAGAACGAAUUCUCCCUCAAGACCUUCAAGAGGAGGUCGGAGGUGGAGCGGGCUGUGAAGAGGAUGCGACAUCUGUCCACAGGCACCAUGACGGGGCUGGCCAUCCAGUAUGCCCUGAACAUUGCCUUCUCAGAAGCAGAGGGCGCCCGGCCCCUCAGGGAGAAUGUGCCACGGGUCAUAAUGAUUGUGACAGACGGGAGGCCACAGGACUCAGUGGCUGAAGUGGCUGCAAAGGCACGGAACACAGGCAUCCUGAUCUUCGCCAUUGGCGUGGGCCAGGUGGACUUCAACACACUCAAGGCCAUUGGGAGUGAACCCCAUGAGGACCAUGUCUUCUUGGUGGCGAACUUCAGCCAGAUAGAGUCGCUGACCUCAGUAUUCCAGAACAAGUUGUGCACCGUCUACAUGUGCAGCGUCCUGGAGCAUCGAUGCGCCCACUUCUGCAUCAAUACGCCCGGCUCCUACGUGUGCAGGUGCAAACAAGGGUACAUCCUCAAUGCGGACCAGAAGACCUGCAGAAUCCAGGACCUGUGCGCCUUGGAGGACCACGCGUGUGAGCAGCUCUGUGUGAACGUGCCCGGCUCCUUCGUCUGCCAGUGCUACAGUGGCUACUCGCUGGCUGAGGACGGGAAGCGGUGUGUGGCUGUGGACUACUGCGGCUCAGAAGAGCACGGAUGUGAACACGCAUGUGUAAAUGCAGAUGGUUCCUACUUGUGCAAGUGCCAUGAAGGAUUUGCUCUUAACCCAGACAAGAAAACAUGCACAAAGAUAGACUUCUGUGCCUCUCCUAAUCACGGGUGUCAGCACGAAUGUGUCAAUACAGACGAGUCCUACUCCUGCCGCUGCCUGAAAGGCUUCACGCUGAAUCCAGACAAGAAAACUUGCAGAAGAAUCAACUACUGCGCGCUGAACAAACCGGGCUGUGAGCACGAAUGUGUCAACACGGAGGAGGGCCACUACUGCCGCUGCCGCCGGGGCUACACCCUGGACCCCAACGGCAGGACCUGCAGCAGGGUGGACCACUGCGCACAGGACCACGGCUGUGAGCAGCUGUGCCUGAACACGGACGAGUCCUUCGUCUGCCAGUGCUCAGAAGGCUUCCUCAUCAAUGAGGACCUCAAGACCUGCUCCAGAGUAGAUUACUGCCUGCUGAGUGACCCUGGAUGUGAAUACACCUGUGUCAACACGGAGAGAUCCUUCGCCUGUCAGUGUCCUGAGGGUCAUGUACUCCGCAGCGAUGGGAGGACAUGUGCAAAGCUGGACCCUUGCACUGCGGGUGACCAUGGCUGUGAACAUUCCUGUGUAAGCAAGGAAGACUCAUUUGUGUGCCAGUGCUUUGAAGGGUUCGUACUCCGAGAGGAUGGCAAGACCUGCAGGAAGAAAGACUUCUGCCAGGAUGUGGCCCACGGCUGCGAGCAGGUGUGUGUGAGCAGCGACAAGUCAUACACCUGCCAGUGCUUGGAGGGCUUCAGGCUCGCAGAGGACGGCAAGCGCUGCAAGAGGAAGGACGCCUGCGCUUCGAACUCACACGGCUGCGAGCACAACUGCGUGAGCAAGGGCGACUCCUACGUCUGCAAGUGCGCCCAGAACUUCAUCCUGGCCGAGGAUGGACGGCGCUGCAAGAGAUGCACCGAGGGCCCAAUUGAUCUGGUCUUUGUGAUUGACGGAUCCAAGAGCCUCGGCGAAGAGAAUUUCGAGCUCGUGAAGCAGUUCGUGACCGGAAUCAUUGAUUCCUUGGCCAUUUCCCCCAAGGCCGCCCGCGUGGGGCUGCUCCAGUACUCCACACAGGUGCGCCCCGAGUUCACCCUGCGGAGCUUCCACUCGGCCAAGGACAUGCGGAAGGCCGUGGCCCACAUGAAGUACAUGGGCAAGGGCUCCAUGACCGGGCUGGCCCUGAAGCACAUGUUCGAGAGGAGUUUCUCCCCGGCGGAGGGCGCCCGGCCCCUGUCGGCACGCGUGCCCAGAGCGGCCAUCGUGUUCACCGAUGGACGGGCCCAGGACGAUGUCUCCGAGUGGGCCAGCAAGGCCAAAGCCCACGGUAUUGAGAUGUACGCCGUGGGCAUAGGCAAAGCCAUCGAGGAGGAGCUGCAGGAGAUUGCCUCGGAGCCCACCACCAAGCACCUGUUCUACGCGGAGGACUUCAGCAGCAUGGGUGAGAUCAGCGCAAAGCUCAAGCAAGGCAUCUGUGAAGCUCUAGAGGACUCCAGUGGGAGCCAGGAUUCCCCAGCAGGGGAGCUGCCAAAGAGGGGCCACCAGCCGACAGUGCAACAUAGAUAUCUGUUUGAAGAAGAUAAACUUUCACAGUCUACACAAAAGCUUUUCCAUUCCACAAAAUCUUCAGGGAGCCCUCUCGAAGACAAACACGACCAAUGCAAAUGUGAAAACCUUAUAAUGUUCCAGAACCUUGCAAAUGAAGAAGUCAGAAAGUUAACACAGCGCUUAGAAGAAAUGACACAGAGAAUGGAAGCUUUGGAAAAUCGCCUGAGAGCCACAUGAGGACUGGAAAUGCUCCACACCGUGGUACACCGUGGUGUUGCGGACUACGGCGAGGCAUGGAGCCCCACAGCUCAGGCUGUCAGUGCAUCUGUAAUGUGCAGUAAACACAGCUGGUUCUGAGGACCCUGGUUUGCUAUACAAAAAAGUGCACACUCUCUAGGAAAACAAAUCCAUCAGAGUUCUAGGAUGAGCGUACCGUGAGAAUAAGCUACAUAAGAUAUGCUGUUACGUCCUCUAGACAGGAUUUACUUCAGCCUCGGUCAGCCUUAGUGUUGUGAUCUCGUUGGACUACUAAAGUUUGCAGUCCUCCUACAGACAUUGGCUGGCCGUAGGAAAUGCUGUUUCGUGUUGGACUUAUUCUUGAUAUUUGUAUAUGGAUGCAUAACAAUCACAGGACAUGUGUACUCGUGUAACAAGUUGAAUUUUUUUUAUACAGUAUUAAAAUUCACUUCAGAGA